UACUAAGAUAUGUGCGUGUUGGCGCGUGUGGGGGGCGGGGGACGGUGCCCGGCCGUAUCUUGGUUACUAAGAUAAGUGCGUAUAGCUGCGUGUGGCAGGGGGAGGGGGAAGGGACGGGACCUGUGCAUGUUGGCGCUUGUGGGGGGGGGGCACGGGAAGGGAUGGGGCCUGCCAGUGUCCCUGUUACUGAGAUAGGUGCGUGUUGGCGCGUCUGGCUGGGUGGUGGAGGGAGGAGGAGGAGGACGGAGAUGGUGUCUGGCCGUGUCUGGGUUGGUGAGAUAUGUGUUUGUUGGCACGGGGGCGGGGGGGAGGACAGGGCCCGGCCGUUUCCCCAUUACUGAGAUAUGUGCGUGUGACCACUUGUAGAGGGAUGGGGAUGGGCUGCAUUUCCUUGGCUCUGCUGUGUGUGGGGUACUUGAGUGUAUGCUCUGUGGGGUUGGUGAGCUAUGUGCCUGCUUACUUCUGUUGGAUUGAUAGGGCUUGGCAGCGUCCCUUUUAUGUGAGCAUAUGUGAAUGUGACAGGGCCAGGGUGUGUCUCAUAUGAUGCUUGCGACUGUGAGGUUGUGACUGGUGCGGGGGAGGGAGAUUGCAGAGGCAAAGCGCCAUCUUCAUCUGGGUGGGUAAUUGGCUGCAUUGCGUGGCCUUUCGAGUAAGCAUGGUUGCUAUGGCAACAUGGUGUUUGGCGUAUAACCUGUGGUUCUGGACGUUUCUCUGCAGCUUCCUCUGCCUUUAGCUGCCAGGAAACAAUGGCCCCAAAGAGACAAAGCCCAGGUCCUAUAGUGAAAACGACCAACGAAGCUUUUUAUGGGAUGACAAUUUUAGUGCCUGGAGUGGGCUCCGUAAAGGCUACAGAAAGAUAGGAUGGAAAGGUCUAGGGAGUAGGAUUCUGUUUUGGGGGGAGAUCAGGUCCCUGAUUGGAAGCUGAGGGAGGGGGCAGCUACCUGUUCCAGAACUCUAGUUGCUAGAGAUUCAUCUCUGGGAGUCUUUAAAGUACUCAAACAGAUCUCAAAAUCCAAAACCCAAACCUAUUGUCAUCAAGUUAAUUGCAGCUCAUAGUGACCGUAGAGGACAGAGUAGCACUGCCCCACAGGGCUUCCAAGACUGUAAUCUUUACAGAAUUGGACUGCCGCAUCUUUCUCCCUUAGAAGAGCGGUCAGGUUUGAAUCUCUGACCUUUCGGGUAGCAGCUAAACACUUAACCACUGUACCACCAUGGUUCCUUAGACAGAUCCCAGUGCACACUUAUUUCUGAUUGGUUUUGGGUAUGAGAUAGGGGCAGGUACGGUCCUGGAGAGUAUUUUCUAAUAUAGCCUGUGUUCCAGGAAGGCCAUAAUGUUUCCUUAUAUCCUUCUUUUUUCCCCAGGCCAGCUGUCCUCCAUAAGAAGCAUCCUGAGAAGGAAGAAAUAAUUGUUACACACCUUAAAAUCAAGGUUAAAGUGUUUCCUUUUUGUUCAUUAAAUCAUUUGUGUUUACAGGUCUUAAGAAUAUUUGCUUUCCUUGGCUUGAAAUGUUCUCCUUAACAGAAGCUUAAAAGGUCCCUAAGUAGUGCAAACAGUUUGGGCUCAACUGCUAACCUAAAAGUUGGUAGUUUCAACCUCCCAGAGGUACCACAGAAGAAAGGCCUGGUGAUCUCCCGUAAAGAUUACAGGCAAAACCCAGUGGAGCAGUUCUACUCUGUAACACAUGAGAUCACCAUGAGUAGGAAUCAUCUUGACAGCAAUGGUAAUGAUAGAAAUAGGGAAAUACUAAAAGCCUGUUGCUCUCAAGUCAAUUCUGCCUUACAGUGACCUGUAGGACAGGGUAGAACAGCUGGUUUGAGAAGCACAUAUUUUAGCAUAAGAAGAAACAGCCAACUUGAGUUUGUUGAAGGCUUUAUUUAGGAAUUUUAGCUAUUUUUCCAUACAUGUGGGCAUAUGUGGACAUCAAAGAGUUAGUUUAGGUAUUGGAAACUAAAAGGAAACGGAAAAGUUACUCAGUAAAAUAAUCCAAAAUUAAUGUAUCUUGAGCGUUUUCUCCAUGUUUAAGAGAAGACUUCAAAAAAAAAGAAAGUUUUUCUGUCUUUUGGGAGUGUAAUUGUCUCCUAAUAAGCUUAAAAUAAAGGAAGGUAUACACACAGUUAAGGAGCCCUGGUGGCGCAGCAGUUAAGCACUCAGCUGCUAACUGAAAGAUUGGUAGUUUGAACCCACCCUGUAGCUCUGCAGGAGAAAGACCUGGCAAUCUGCCAUCACAAAUACUACAGCCUGGAAAACCAUAUGGUCAGCUCUGCUGUGUCACAUGGGGUCACUAUGAGUCAGAAUCAGCUCUACAGCAACAGGUUUUUUUUUUUUUUUGCUUAUUUUGUAUAAGUGAGAUCAUACAGUAUUUGUCCUUCUGCCACUGCCUCAUUUCACUCAGCAGGAUGUCUUCAAGGUUCAACCGCAUUGUGACACACAUCAGGACUUCAUUCCCUUUAUGGCUGAGUAGUGUUCCUUUGUGUACAUCACAUUUUGUUUAUCCAUUCAUCUGUGGGUGGACAUUUCGGUGGUUUCCACCUUCUGGCUUUGUAAAAGCGCUGCAGUGGACACUGGUGUACCACACCUGGUUUUAAUGCCUCUUUUUCCUCCCUCUAGCUCUGGCUUCUCUGGACUGUGUCUUCACUAAAAUAAACCAAAAGAGGACUGGUCAGUUCUUAAAUUCUAAAACUAUGGCCCACGUAAGUAUGUAUUUCUGUUUCCUCUGGAAAUGUGAUAUUCAGGCCCUGGAGAUAUUUUCAUUCAUUAUCCUGAAGUCUCCUAUCUCAGUGAGCACCAUCUAAUUCUCCCACUUCCUGUUUCAGUGAAGGAUAAUGCCAGGUAGUCCCAUCUUGGUUUCCUAGUGCUGCUGUAACAGAAAUACAACAAGUGGGUGGUUUUAAAGAAUAAAAAUUUAUUUUGUUACAGUUUAGGGGGCUAGAAGUCUAAAUUUAGGGCAUCAGCUCUUUGGGAAGGCUUUCUUUCUUUCUCUUGGCUCUGGGAGGAAGGUCCUUAUCUCUUUUCAGCUUCUGUUCCUUGGAGAUCUCCACAUGACAUCCCUCUUCCCCAUUUGUACAUCCUUGUUUCUGUGGCUAAUCUGCUCUUUUAUGUCUCAAAAAAGAUUGAUUUAAGACACACCUUACACUAAUACUGCCUCAUUAAUAUAACAAAGAAAACCCUAUUCCCAAAUGAGAUUACAUCACAAAAGUAGGGGUUAGGGCUUACAACACAUAUUUCGGGGAGACGUGGUGCAAUCCAUAACAAGGGUCACAACCUGCUUUGUGGCUAGCGGUCACUUAAUCAUUGAACACAUUAUUAAUUAUCCCUUAUGUGAUGGUUUUUUUGUCUUGAGUAAUAUUGGGGCACUGAAGGAAUGAAGUCUCUUCAGGGAAAUAUUUGAGUCGAGUCUCUCGUUUGACGAAUUAGAGGUGUUGGUCCAAUUUGAAUAAGGAGAAAACAAAAAUUCAUUGAUUUUGUUUUCCAGGUGUGUGAAAGGGAAUGUUCAUGUUCUUUGAUCUCCGUCCUGGUGUGUGCUAAGAUCUCAGGCUUUAUGAGGCUUUUAAAAUUGGAUAGGAAUGUGAUUAGGGCCUACAAACAUGGAGAUCAUACUCUUGCCAAGGAAACUCAGAAAUGAAUUGUGUUGUUGAACAGACCUGCUGAAUUUGGGUAACCUCUACAUCACUCUGGAUCAUUUCACACCAGAGUCAAAAACCCAUUACAAUCGAGUCAAUUCCGAGUCAUAACAACCGUAUAGGACAGAGUAGAACUGCCCCAUAGUGUUUCCAAGGCUGUAAGCUUUAUGGAAGCUGACCGACACAUCUUUCUCCCGUGGAAUGGCUGGUGGGUUUGAACUGCCAACCUUUAGGUUAACAGCUGAGCACUUAACCACUGCACCACUAGGGCUCCUUCAUUUCACACCAGUGUCCUCUAAAUCAGUUUCAUUAUGUUGUACGUAGGGUUGUGGUUAGUCAGCACUGACUCAGUGACAACUAACAAACAUCCUCUAAAUUGAGGUCUCUGGGUGGCAUAAACAGCUCUCAGCUACUAACCUAAAAGUUGGUGUUUCAUCCCCACCCAGCAGCUCUGUGGAAGAAAGUCCUGGUGCUCUGCUUCCCUAAAGACUACAUCCAAAACAUAAGGGGGCAAGGAAGCUAGAUUAAUGAAAAUGGAACAACCAGAAUGGAACUAAUGAGACUGUUUCAUGCAUUUGAAGAAUGUAGCCAGUGUCACACAGAAAAAAACAUCUUGGAUAGUUACCAGAGUAGAAAGGGGAGGGAAGGGGAAAUCAUUAACUGGAUAGUAGAAAAGUGUUAACUUUGGUGAAGAGAAAGAGAACACACAAUAUAGGGGAAGUCAGCACAGCUUGACCAGGCAAAGUCAUAGAAGCUUCCUAGACACACCCAAACACCUUGAGGGACCGAAUUCCUGGGGCUGAGGGCUGGGGACCAUGAUCUUGGGGGGGCAUCUAGGUCAAUUGGCAUAACAUAGUUCAUAAAGAAAAUAUUCUACAUCGUACCUCGGUGAGUACUGUCUGGGGUCAUAAAAGCUUGCGAGUGGGCAUCUGAGAUAAAUCUGUUGGUCCCAUCCCAUCCGGACCAAAGGAGAAUGAAGAAAACCAAAGACAGAAGUGAAAUGUUUGUCCAAAGGACUAAUACAUGUGAACCACAGCCUCCACCAGCCUGAGCCCAGAAGAAUUAAGUGGUGCCCAACUACCACCACUGACCGCUCUGACAAGGAUCAUAAUAGAAGGUCCUGAACAGAGCAAGAGAAAAAUGUAGAACAAAGUUCAAAUUCACAAAAAAGACCAGACUUAUUGGUCUGACAGAGUCUGGAGGAUCCCCCAAGACCAUUGCUUCUGGACACGCUGCUAACUCAGAACUGAAGUCACUCCCAAAGUCCACCUUUCAGCCAAAGAUCAGACAGGCCUAUAAAAUAAUAAUAAACGUGAGGCACAUGCUUCUUAGUUCAAUCACAUAUAUGAGACUGAAGGGGCAAGACUUGCCCAAAAACAAAGAUGGGAAGGCAGGAAGGGAGGGAAAAACUGGAAAAAUGGACACCGGGAACCCGAAUGGGAAAGGGGAGUGAGGAUUGCAACCAAUGGCACAAAACAAUUUGUUUAUAAAUUUUUGAAUGAGAAAUUAAUUUGCUCUGUAAACUUCCACAAUAAAAUUUUUUUAAAAAGAGAAAAGAAUGUAGCCAUGGUACUGAACAACUUGUACAGAAAUUGUUAGAUGGGAACCAGAAAUCCUACAUACACCUUCACCAAAAGAACAAUAGUUUUUUUUAAUGAAUAAAAAUUGUAUUUUAAAUGAAAACACCUACACAAAUAUAUUUUCAGCAUGGGAAUUUCCACAAAAAUUAUUUGUUGAAACAUUUUUAAUAGAAAACAAAAUGGAAUCUUAAAAAAAAGAUCGCAGUCAAGAAAACCCAGUGGAGCAGUUCUACUCCGUAACACAUGGGGUUGCCAUGAGUUGGAAUCAGCUGCAACAGGAUUUGGUGACGUUUGCAGAUGUGGCCGUAGACUUCUCUCAGGAGGAGUGGGCAUGCCUGGACACUGCUCAGAGGGAUCUAUACUGGGAUGUGAUGUUGGAGAACUACAGCAACCUGGUCUCCCUGGAUUUGGUGUCAGCCUUUGAGACCGAGGGUUUGCCUACAGAAAAGAACAUUUAUGAAAUAAAUUUUUCCCAGUGGAAUGCACAUCGAAAAAGUAAAUCUCUUGGCCCUGACCGGAAGCGUACAGGUGAGUUAGAGGCACCACCAGCCCAAAAAGAGAGAGAUUUCCGUCAAAUGAUAAUCAACUGUAAAAAAACACCCGCCUGUAGAGAAAGUACCCCUGGUAGACCACCUCAGAAACCUCAUAAUAGAGAGAAUUCCUUUGAGUGUAAGGAAUGUGGGAAGGCCUUUAGUCGCGGCUAUCAGCUUGCUCAACAUCAGAAAAUUCACACUGGUGAGAAACCCUAUGAAUGUAAAGACUGUAAGAAGACCUUUCGUUGGGGCAAUCAACUUACUCAGCAUCAGAAAAUCCAUACUGGUGAGAAACCGUAUGAAUGUAAGGAUUGUGGGAAGGCCUUUCGGUGGGGCUCAAGCCUUGUGAUUCAUAGGAGAAUUCACACAGGUGAGAAACCCUAUGAAUGUAAAGACUGUGGGAAGGCCUUUAGGCGUGGCGAUGAACUCACUCAGCAUCAGAGAUUUCACACUGGUGAGAAAGACUAUGAAUGUAAAGACUGUGGCAAGACCUUUAGCCGUGUGUAUAAACUCGUUCAACACAAGAGAAUUCAUAGUGGUGAGAAACCUUAUGAAUGUAAAGAUUGUGGGAAGGCCUUUAUUUGUGGUUCGAGCCUUGUUCAACAUAAAAGAAUUCAUACUGGGGAAAAGCCCUUUGAGUGCCAAGAAUGUGGUAAGGCCUUUACUCGUGUAAAUUAUCUUACUCAACAUCAGAAAAUUCAUACUGGUGAAAAACCUCAUGAGUGUAAGGAAUGUGGGAAGGCCUUUCGCUGGGGUUCAAGCCUUGUCAAACAUGAGAGAAUUCAUACAGGUGAGAAGCCGUAUAAGUGUACAGAGUGUGGGAAGGGUUUUAAUUGUGGCUAUCACCUUACUCAGCAUGAGAGAAUACAUACUGGUGAAACACCUUAUAAAUGUAAGGAAUGUGGGAAGGCCUUUAUUUAUGGGUCAAGCCUUGUUAAACAUGAGAGAAUCCAUACAGGUAAGAAACCCCAUAAAUGUGAUGAAUGUGAGAAGGCCUUUGGUCAUCGCCAUCAACUGAUACAGCAUCAGAAAAUUCAUACUGGUGAGAAACCCGAUGAGUGUAAGGAGUGUGGGAAGGCAUUCAGUAAUGUAAGCCAACUUUCAGAACAUGAGAAAAUUCAUACUGGUGAAAAAUCUGCAUAAAAAGUGUCAGAACACUUCCAUACAACUGUCAUGCUUUCCUCAACACAAGGAAAAUUCAUGAUAUAGUUUAACAUAAGAAAACCUUCACUGAUCACUCUUCUGCUUACAGAACAUCAGAGUAGUCAUACUAGAGGCAAAUGUGGAGUGUAGAGAAGAUUCAUACUGGUGAAAAAUCUGCAUAAAAAGUGUCAGAACACUUCCAUACAACUGUCAUGCUUUCCUCGACACAAGGAAAAUUCAUGAUAUAGUUUAACAUAAGAAAACCUUCACUGGUCACUCUUCUGCUUACAGAACAUCAGAGUAGUCAUACUAGAGACAAAUGUGGAGUGUGGAGAAGUCACAGUUUCUUCGUGAUCACAAUAUACUCAGUGUAUGUGUUUUUUACUGGAUAGGUUAGCUUAAUGAAUGCAUGGAAACCUUCCAGUACGUUCAAUCCUUGUUGAACUUCAGCUGAUACAUUAUAGAGAAUCACCCUGCUAAUGUAAUACUUGUGGGAACGCUUUUAGUCGUGGUCCAUAUCCUACCUGUCAACACUACAAUCCCCGCCUCUUUACUCCCUGUGAGACACUGAGCAAACUCCGUAUUACCGCUGUGCAUUAUUUGUAAAAUGAGUAUAAUUAUGCUUAACAAAAAUUGCUGUUGUAAUUGAGUGAGUCUGGUACAUGUAAACUCUUUGAAAGUGUGUCUGAAACAUUGUGUAAACUCAAUAAAUAUCAGCUAUUGUCGUUUUUAUGGCCAUUACCAUUAGUGUCAUUAGUGAAUUCUUACAAGAGGAAGAUCUGUGGAUGCAGUGAGUUUAGAAAAGGACUAUUGAACCUGUAGGGGAGAACAUAGGAGAUUAUCUUGGUAACUUCAUGCUAAAUAAAGAUUUCCUAAUACACAAAAGAGACUAAACAAAAUGAAAAAUUAAGAAAUUGGGCUUCUUCAAAAUUACAAAGUUCUGUUCAUCAACUGACACCAUUAUACUGUUCAUAUAGUGAAAAGGCAAGGAAGAGAUUGGGAGAAGAUACUCACUCUGCAUACACCUGACACAGGAUUCACAAAGAAAAAUAUAAAGACUCCCUGAAAGCAGUAACAAAUCAAUGAACCAAUAAAAAGGAGGAAAGACUUGACUAGGCACUCUGCAAGAAAAGACCCAAAUGGCCAGUAAGUAAAUGAUCAUGUGCUCAACACAUCCAACCAAUAAAACCCAUUGCUGUCGAGUCAAUUCCAACUCAUAGUGACUCUAUAGGACAGUAGAACUGCCUCGUAGGGUUUCCAAGGUUGUAGAUCUUUACAGAAGCAGACUGUCACAUUAUUCUCCUGCAGAGCAGCUGGUGGGUUCAAACUACCAAUCCUUUGGUUAGCAGCCAAGUACCUAACCAUCCCACCACUAGGGCUGCUUCAUUACACAUCAAGGAGAUGCACAAUGAAUCUAUAAUGUGAUACCAGUAGACACCAGAAUAGCCAAAAGGAGUCCCCACGGUGGCGCAAACGGUUAAGGAUAAGGGCUAAACUACCACCCACAAUGUUGGCAGUUCCAACCCACCCCAAGGUGCCUUGGGAAAUAGACCUGGUGAUCUGCUCUGAAAGAUCAAGCCUUGAAAACCCUAGAAUAUAGCAGUUCUACUCUGUCCCAUGGGGUCCCCAUGACUUGGAAUUGACUCAGUGUCACUCAACAAGAUCUCUGUAUGGCUCGCUUUCUUACUUCAUUCAUGCAUUUGCUCAAUCCCCAACCCUUCAGGAAGGCUUCUGACCACCCUGUCUAAAUAACCCUCUUGCCCUGUUCCUAGGAGCCUUGGUUGAGCAAUGCUCAAGCACUCAGCUGCUAACUGAAAGGUUGGCAGUUUGAACCCACCACCUGCCCUGUAGAAAACCUGUGAUCUAGGGAACCCUGUGGGGCAGUUCUACUCUCAAAUGGGGUUGCUAUGAGUUGGAAUCAACUCGAUGACAACCAGCUACAACAGUUUGAACACAGUUUGUGCCACCCAGGACUUGGGCAGGCAGAAUCAGCAGCCGUCAACUCCAGGGCAAAGGACAGGCCCAGGGACCAAGGAAAGGACCUGCCUGUAGGCAUGGCCAAAAAGCUGUCCAAGCUAAAGAACUGUAUCCUGAGUCAUUUCUGAUCGUGAAUUGUAACCUGUUACUUCCCUAAUAAGCCCCAUAAUUGUGUGUAUUGUCUUGUAGUUCUGUGUGGCCAUUGCAGUGAACUACCAAAUGCAGCAGAGAAGUUGAAAGUGCCAUUGUAGGGAAGGCUGGUGUCAAAAUCAGAAAAAAGUUUGGAGAGAAUAGGUAUGUCUGAUCUCUGCCUCAUAGAAAUGUCACCCUUUGGCUGAUGUUGAUGUUGAUUUUUCUCCCUCAUGAAGUUAGUGAUCAGGUGUCCACGCCACUGUUUUUAUGCCCUGUGACUCAGUAGUUGCAUUCUCAGCUAUGUACCCAGCACAGUAUGUUCAUAUAUUUGUUAGAACACCUAUACCACCAUGUUCAGGAGUCACUGGGAGGUGCAGUAAACCAUUCAACUACUAACCAAAAGUUUGAAGGUUCAAAUCCACCCAGGGGCACCUCAGAAGAGAGGGCCGAAGAGCAACUUCUGAAGGAUCACAGCCAUUGAAAACCCUAUGGAACACAGCUCUACUCUGAAACACAUUGGGUUGCUGAGGCCUGAAUCAAUUUGAUGACAACUAGUUUGGUUUAGUUUACCACCGUGUUCCUGGAAGCACUAUUCUUAGCCAAAAACUGGAACUAUGUGAAACAACAUGGUUGAAUCUCAAAUCGUACUGAACAAAAAGUUCAAUGUGUGUUUGGAGUCAACAUAGGUGUUUGGAGUUCAACAACUGUUUGUAGUCAGAAUAGUGGUUACCUCAGGAGGUGGUAACUGGAAACAGGGCCAAGAGGUACUUCUUAAGCCCUGAAAACCCUAUGGAGCACAGUUCUACUCUGACAUACUUGGGGUCGCCAUAAGUAGAAAUCAACAACAACAAAAACAGAGACCUCUAGCUGCCUACAAAAUACAAAAAGGUGCUUUUUGUGUGUAGCUA